UGACCUAGGACAGUAUAAAAUCCCCGCUAACCAUCAGUGGGACACGAAAGGAACCGUACCGUUUAGGUGUGUCUGUGAAGCAACAAUGAAGGCUGUGGCUCUGAUCCUUGCUCUGGCAGUCAUCUCUGGCUGCCAUGCCCGCGCCGUGCGCCAGGCUGAGGCCCCCAAAAGCCCCUGGGAGGAGAACGUGGAGCGCUUCUGGACCUACGUGUCGGACAUCAAUAGCAGAACCGAGGGAGUGGUGGAAAACCUCAAGGCCUCCCAGCUUAGCAGAGAACUGGACACCCUGAUCCGUGACACAGUGGCUGAGCUGACUACCUACAGGGAGGGCAUCCAGACCCAGCUGGGGCCCUACACUGAGGAAACAGCCGGACAGCUGGGUCAAGACCUGCAGCUGCUGACAACCAAGCUGGAGAAAGACAUGCUUGACGCCAAGGAACGCAGCACCCAGUACCUGGGAGAGCUGAAGACCAUGAUGGACCAGAACGCUGAGGAUGUCAAAAACCGGGUCAACACCUACACUCGCAAGCUGAAGAAACGUCUGGGCAAAGACACGGAGGAGAUCCGCAACACUCUGGCCACCUAUAUGGGUGAGCUCCAGUCCCGUACCUCCCAGAAUAUGGAUGUCUUGAAGGAACGUGUGAAUCCCUUUCUGAGCCAGACCCACAAGACAGCCGCCGACAAGCUGGGCAGCUUCACCUCCCUUCUGAAGAACCAGGAACUGAGCCAGCAGGUCUCCGCCCAGGCUGAAGAGAUCCGUGAGCAGGUGGAGGCCACCGCAGAGGACCUGCGCAUAUCCCUGGAAAAGAAGAUCGAUGAGCUCAGCGGCCUGAUCGCUCCCUUCGCUGCCAAGAUCCGCGAUCAGCUCCAGACUGUCAUGGACACGGUCAAGGAGACUGGCUCCUAAAAGGACUGACAGCAGGGAGGGUGAGGAGGACAAGUGGUCAUCUUCUAGUAGAGCACUGUGCCACCAUUCACCUAGCUGCCACAAGGAGGGAGUUUAUGGUUACUGAUGCUGUUUUCACUGGGUUGUCACUGUGUGUUUUGGGUGAAGGGGGUUAAUAGAUUAGAAGAGUGAGGAGGACAUAGCUUUGAAGGGGUCUUGAGAAGACAAGCGGUCGUUUAUGUCUGUUCAGGCCUUAGAAGGGCAUUUCCUCUUAAAAUCUCUGCCACCACUCACUGUAUAAUCUCCAUGUCUCAGAACACAACAGCCACACUCAAUACUGCCAUUAACACACAAGAAGCCCCUGUUUUUAACCUGCUUCGUUGUCUUCCUUGAGUUAACUGCUCUUUUAAAUGUCUCUUCUGGAUUGUUCCCAUAAUUUGCAUCAGGUUUCUAUGGCUGUUAUGUGGGACACAAAGGGGGCUUGUGCCAUGAAUUCUAUUUCUGUGGUUGAAAGUGUAUCUUCUAUAUUGUGAGCAGAGUUGGUACUGACCCUACCCGGCACAGUCCCUGUCCUUUAUUUCAAUAACUGCACUGAACUGGGAUCAGCACCAGGCUGUCCAGAAACCAUAAAGAAUCAUUCUGUGCCUAGAUUGUCUAGGAUUUUUUACACUUGCUCUGUUAAUAACACUGUAUCUGUUGUGAUUUCUAUAAUAUGACAAUCAAACUAAAAGGCCUACUUCCAUGGUCCACAUAAGCCUGUCUGUAUUAUUUCAUUAUGCCAUUUCACAUUGUAACAUGUCCAUGCUGCUCAAGACAGUACACUGUUCAUUCUCUGUCAGUUUGUGUCCUCCUCUCUGACUGACAGUGUGAUAUCCAGUCUUUCUGUCUGUCUGUCUGACUGCAGUGUGAAACCCAGCGCUGAGUAAAUAAAAGAUGUAAAGAGAGAU